AUGAUCCGAGGUGAGUUAGAAUCUGUUAACGAACGAUUGGAUCGAGUUGAAUUGGGGUAUCAACGAGAGCAUACACCCCAAGCGCUGCAAAGAAGGCGAGACCAAUUGGAAAUCAAUCAAGACGACCUAUAUGAUCCGAAUGAAGCCGAAAGUGAUCAAGGAUCAAACAUAAGUGAAGGACGAAGAGGUCAAAGGAACCGAGGUAAUCGGAAUCAAAGACGCAUGGAUGACGACUUAAGAAACAUUAAACUAUCCAUUCCAUCCUUUCAAGGAAAAUCUGAUCCGGAAGCCUACUUGGAAUGGGAGAAGAAGAUCGAAUUGGUUUUUGAUUGUCAUAAUUAUUCCGAGAUCAAAAAGGUGAAGUUGGCGGCCAUAGAAUUCUCCGAUUACGCUAUGAUAUGGUGGGAUCAACUCACUACGAGCCGAAGAAGGAAUGGGGAACGGCCAAUAUCCACUUGGGUCGAGAUGAAGGCCGUGAUGCGACGUCGUUUCAUUCCCUCCUACUACCAUCGGGAACUCUAUCAAAAGCUUCAAAAUCUCACUCAAGGUUCAAGGAGUGUCGAGGAUUAUUUCAAAGAGAUGGAGAUCGCGAUGAUCCGAGCCGAUGUCCAAGAAGAUCGUGAAGCAACAAUGGCACGAUUCCUUGCUGGUCUCAACUGAGAUAUUGCUAACAUUGUGGAACUCCAACAUUAUGUUGAGAUAGUGGACAUGGUACACAUGGCCAUUAAGGUGGAGAAGCAACUCAAGCGAAAGAGUACCACUCGAAGUUUUCCUACCCCAAGCACAACUAGAUGGGGGCAAAGUUCGAGUAAAACUAAUCCACCAAGCCGUGCCAAAGAGCCAAUGGUGCCUACCAAAGCAAACAAACCUAUGGGAGAUACGAGCAAAGGUAAGGCAACCGAUUCAUUUACUAAUCGUUCACGGGAUAUUAAGUGUUUUAAGUGCCUUGGAAGGGGCCACAUUGCGAGUCAAUGUCCCAACCGCAACGUCAUGGUGGUUCGAGCAAAUGGAGAAAUAGAAUCGGAGGAAGAAGAGCUUGAAGAUGAGCCUGAAACCGUCUCUGACAAUGAAGAAGAAGUGGAGCACGCUCUUGAUGGAGAACUCCUAGUAGUCAAAAGGAGCCUAAGUAUCCAAAGCAUCGACGAUGAGCAACAACGAGAAAACAUCUUCCAUACUCGUUGUCAAGUACAAGGAAAGCUAUGUAGCGUCAUCAUCGAUGGAGGAAGUUGUACGAACGUGGCGAGCACUCUCAUGGUGGAAAAAUUAAAUCUACCGACCACCAAGCAUCCAACUCCGUACAAACUUCAAUGGCUCAACGAUGGAGGAGAGUUAAAAGUGACAAAGCAAGUUCUAGUCUCCUUUUCCAUUGGGAAAUAUUCCGAUGAAGUGCUAUGCGAUGUUGUUCCAAUGCACGCGGGUCACUUGUUAUUGGGCCGUCCAUGGCAAUUCGAUCAUCGAGAUUUCAAAGACGUUUUUCCGGAUGAAGUGCCAAGUGGCUUGCCACCACUUCGUGGGAUCGAGCACCAAAUUGAUUUUGUGCCUGGAGCCGUUAUUCCAAACCGACCAGCAUACCGAACCAAUCCUGAAGAGACCAAAGAGCUUCAACGUCAAGUUAACAAACUCAUGGAAAAGGGCUACAUUCAAGAAAGUCUUAGUCCAUGUGCCGUACCGGUUUUGUUGGUGCCUAAGAAGGACGGAACGUGGCGUUUCGUGGUUAGCUCAGAGGGCCUCGAAGUAGAUAGCGAAAAGAUUAAGGCGAUUCAAGAAUGGCCGAGACCGACGAGCAUAAGCCAAGUGCGAAGCUUCCAUGGCCUAGCAAGUUUCUAUAGGCGAUUUGUACCUAACUUUAGCACGUUGGCCGCACCGUUGACAAGCACUAUCAAGAAGAAUUCGACUUUUCAUUGGGGCGAAGAGAAAGAAAAUUCUUUUAAUAUUAUUAAAGAUUGUCUUACUAAAGCUCCUUUGUUAGCAUUGCCUGAUUUUUCUAAGAUAUUUGAAAUUGAGUGUGACGCCUCAGGUAUAGGAAUAGGUGCCGUGCUAACUCAAGAUGGAAGACCGAUCGCUUACUUUAGUGAGAAGUUGAAUGGAGCCGUGUUGAACUACCCCGUUUAUGACAAGGAGAUGUAUGCACUUAUUCGCGCUCUCGAGACUUGGCAACACUAUUUGUGGCCGAAGGAGUUUGUGAUCCAUUCGGAUCAUGAAGCGUUAAAGCACAUUAAAGGACAACACAAAUUAAACAAAUGCCAUGCUAAGUGGGUAGAGUAUUUGGAGUCAUUUCCCUAUGUCAUUAAAUAUAAAAAGGGUAAGGAAAAUAUCGUAGCUGACGCUCUUUCAAGAAGGUGCGAUGGCUUUCUUUUUAAAGAAGGAAAAUUAUGUGUGCCGCAAGGUUCGAUACGGGAGUUGUUAGUAAAUGAGGCGCAUAGCGGAGGUCUUAUGGGCCAUUUUGGCAUUGGAAAAACCUUAGCAACCCUCCAAGAGCAUUUUUAUUGGCCGAAAAUGAAAAGGGACGUUGAACGAGUGUGUGCACGAUGUGUGACGUGCAAGAAGGCCAAAUCCAAGAUUAAGCCGCACGGGUUGUAUACGCCGCUCCCUAUACCCGACGCACCUUGGGAGGACAUUUCCAUGGAUUUUUUCCUUGGAUUACCUAGGACUAAAACGGGGAAGGACUCUAUUUUUGUUGUUGUUGAUCAUUUUUCCAAAAUGUCUCAUUUUAUUUCUUGUUCAAAAACUGAUGAUGCCGUUCACAUUGCUAAUCUUUUCUUUAAGGAAAUUAUACGUUUGCAUGGCAUUCCGAGAACGAUUGUUUCAGAUCGAGACGCGAAGUUUUUGAGCCACUUUUGGAGGUCAUUGUGGGGAAAGCUCAGGACUAAACUGCUGUUUUCAACCACUUGCCACCCCCAAACGGAUGGCCAAACGGAAGUGGUCAACCGAGUGCUAUCAACUUUGUUAAGAGCCAUCAUACGGAAAAAUCUCAAGUCAUGGGAGGAGUGUUUACCGCAUAUAGAAUUUGCGUACAAUCGAUCCGUUCAUUCGGCAACCAAACACUCUCCUUUUGAAAUCGUUUAUGGAUUCAACCCGUUAACUCCUUUAGAUUUAGCGUCUUUACCUUGGGUCUGGGUUCACAUGAGAAAGGAACGCUUUCCCGCCCAACAUAGAUCAAAGCUAUUACCGCGUGGUGACGGACUUUUCCAAGUUUUGGAACGAAUUAACAAAAAUUCUUAUCGACUUGAUCUACCAGAUUUCAAUUUGAGGGCAAAUCGCUUUGAAGAGGGGGAGGAUGAUACGGCCACACCUCAAGUCCAAUCUAGCUCGAGCAAGGGGCCUUUGGAGCUGCCUCAAGGUCCCAUCACCCGAUCACGAGCCAAACAAUUCAAGGAGAUAAUGUCAUCCAAUCGAGCCGAUUCCGAUGAGGUUGAAAGUAACAUGCAAGCCUCCGUUCACGGAGCAGCGUUGAGUGUUCCUAAGGGUUUGGAACCAACACAAGUGAGUAAGCCUUCAGUUGAUAAAAUCCAUAAGUGCCGGGUGGAAGAGUUCAGAAGUACCGCUGAAGAUGAUCCAGAGAAAGCCAAGUUCUGGAGUGGACGACGAACAUCAGAGUUUCCUGCUAACAUCACCAGCCAGCAAGCCGAACAUUUCAAUCCUCACGUUGAGCCUAACGUUGCAGAGGAAUCCAACAUGGCUAACCAGACCUUGAAGCAAUUGGCCGCUCCUAACCUGGCUGCGCAACCACCAUCUAUCACGUAUCCUGCCCUUGAUAGGCCAUUAAAGCUUAAUUCGGAUUCACAGAAUCAUUCUUUGAAAUUCAAUGGACUACGCCAGAUGGCAUUGAAGAGGAACAAAUCAAGCUCUGAGCCUUUCCUUUCUCGUUACAAGGAUUGGCGAAGGACUGGUUAUAUUACAUGUCGCCAGGAUCAUUCACAACUUGGACAGGGUUACAUAAGGCUUUCCUUGAGAAGGUUGACACCACAAGAUCGAGGAAUGAUUGAUGCAGCGAGUGGAGGUGCAUUGGUUGAUAAAACUCCGGAGCAAGCUCGAAAUUUGAUUGCUAAUAUGGCGCAGAAUACACAGCAAUUCAGUCUCAGGAGGUCCGAUUUGGGUAAACGAAUGGAUGAGGGCCAGUCAAGUAUGAUGGAGGCUCAGUUAGCUAACUUAACGGCUAUGGUAGGUAAAUUGAUGACCGGAGGACAUACCACAGAUAUGUGUCCGACAUUACAGAAAGGGGAAGCUAAUGCCGUCUUUCCAAAUCAGAGGAGGUAUGAUCCAUAUUCAGCUACCUAUAAUGAGGGAUGGAGAGACCACCCCAAUCUCAGAUUCCAAAACCGAGCCGCACCUCCGGGAUUUGAGCAGCAAAAUUCCCGACCAUAUAAUUUGUCACAGCAACAAUCCAACCAUCAAAACCUUAGUGCUGAAACUAAGACUCAUACCAUGCUUGAACAAAUGAUGAAGAUGAUGGUUGACCGAAAAAGGAAACCGAUGGAAGAUUCCGUCUUUGGAAUCAGCAGUGAAGCGAUUACAAAUUUUGAGCAAGAAACAAGUGUUCCCGAACCUCGAGCUCAAGCAAGUCAAGAUGCUAAUAACCAGUCUCAGUCUUCUGUGCCAAAGGCGUCGUUUCCACAACGUUUGAGGAAGGAAAAGUCAGACGACGUCAAUGCUGAAAUUUUAGAGACUUUCCGUAAGGUACAAGUUAAUAUCCCAUUGAUUGAUGCAAUUAAACAAGUACCUAGAUAUGCUAAGUUUUUAAAAGAAUUGUGCACAUCUAAAAGGAAAUUAGUUGGAAAUGAGAAGAUUAGCUUAGGCGAAAAUGUCUCUGCGGUAUUUCAAAAGAAGCUUCCUAUUAAAUGUAAAGACCCUGGCAUGUUUUCGAUACCUUGUAAGAUAGGAGACCUUAAACUAGAUAGAGCUAUGCUUGACUUGGGUGCUUCUAUAAAUGUCAUGCCUAGGAGUAUCUACGAUAGAGUUCAAUUAGGUGCAUUAAAAGACACAGGACUGAUAAUUCAACUUGCAGAUAGAAGUAAUGCCUACCCUGAUGGCGUUUUAGAAGAUGUUCUAGUGCAAGUAAAUGAGUUAGUUUUUCCAGCUGAUUUUUAUGUUUUAGACAUGGGAGCUAGUGAUAACUCCGUUGAUGUACCCUUACUCUUAGGUAGACCCUUCUUUAAGACAGCUAGAAUGAAAAUUGAUGUGCAUAAAGGGAAUUUAACAAUGGAAUUUGAUGGUGAGAUAAUUAAAUUUAAUAUAUUUGAUGCUAUGAGGUAUCCCACUGAUAUUAAUUCUGUAUUUACUCUUGAUGUAAUUGACAAUUUUGUUCAAGAUGUCUAUGAAUUAGGAGAAGAAGACGAGUUGAAAAGCGUUCUCGCUAAUAGUAUUUUUGAUAUCGACAAGCAGGAAUUUAUCGUUUCUGAUUUUUUAAUUGACUCAGAUUGUGCUUUAGACUCGCCCAAAUUGACACGAUUCAAGCCGAUUCUCCCUAAUCUUAUGGUGACUGGUAAGCAAGUUCCUUCAUUGAUUUCGCCACCUAAAUUAAAGUUAAAAGAGCUGCCCGAAAAUUUGAAGUACAUUUAUUUGGGGGAAAAUCAAACUCUACCAUUGAUAGGGUCGAAUGCUUUAACUGAGAUGCAAGAAUCUAAGCUGCUUAGGGUUCUUAGGGAGCAUAAAGAAGCCUUGGUUGGACACUAG